CACUUCUGGUCUUCACUUCUUUCUUAGUUUUUGAAGUUUCUAAGGACUCGUUUGAGAGUGCUUCUGUUUAGGGUUUUUGAAAUGGCAUCAGAAGACUCUUCAGCUUUAGAGCAGAUUAGGCAACACCUUUUGAAUGAAUUUACAACAGUGGAUAGCUUCAUCACCAGUCUCAACCUUUGCACCUCCCAUAUCCCCCAAAAACAUGAAAUUACCCAAUCACCCUUCAACACAGCUUCCUCCUCCUCCUCCUCCUCCUCCUCCUCCUCCUCCGCAAUCACCACCAGCACCACCAACAGUGGCAGUGAGUCUACUGACCAAUAUUUCAAAAUCUCUGAUUACUUAGUCCCUGAAAUUGAUCAAGACACCCAAUUCGAAACCAAACCCCAAAUCUCCCACCCAAAACCUCCAAAACACUCGACUCUCAGCCACCGCAAGCCCGCCAUAAACGUGGCCAUUCCAUCCCCACCAACUCUGUCGUCUUCUUCUGGUGAUGAAAAUCAAAACACAUCAAACACUUCCACCGUGGUUGAAGCUGCUGCAAGGCACUACCGGGGUGUGAGGAGAAGGCCGUGGGGAAAGUACGCAGCGGAGAUUCGUGACCCAAACAGAAGGGGAUCCCGGGUUUGGCUCGGAACCUUCGACACCGCCAUUGAAGCCGCCAAAGCUUACGACGUUGCUGCUUUCAAGCUGCGUGGAAGCAAAGCAAUUCUCAACUUUCCACUUGAAGCUGGAAGAUCAGCAGAACUCUCAGCCGAUCAUCCUCUGCUGGUCAGCAGAAAAAGGAGGAGAGAACGGAUCACCGAAAGUCAUGAGAGUUCCGGUGAGAUGAUCAGAAACAAAGAGAUAAAGAAGGAGGAGGAUGUUCAGGAUGUAAAAAUCCCCGCCCAAGAGAGAGUUUCGACCGCCGUUUGCCCAUUAACACCGUCAAGUUGGACGGCGGUUUGGGAUCUGAGCAAAGAAAACGAACUGGGGAUUUUCAGUGUGCCUCCUCUGUCUCCGUUAUCUCCUCACCCCAAUUUCAUGGGAUAUUCUCAGCUCAUGGUUACUUGAACUUUUAAUUUAUGGUUAUCAUUCCUUCAUUGCCAGAGUUUAAUUUGUAUCAUCCAUCUGCAAAAAAGCAGCAUAAACAGAGUACUGUAAAUAGUCCAGAGCAAUAUGGAUUGAAGAACUCAUAUUGUUUUUUAAGUUUGAUUUGUUUAUAUAUUCCUUUAAUCUUUGUAUAAUGAAAUACUUUCUUCAACAAAUUUUGUAUGGUCUUUCCGUA